UUCAAAAAGACAAACCUAUUCCCUUACCAUCUCUGUUUCGCAUCAGACACGCCAUGAACGAAGGACCGUCGUUGAUGGCAGUAUCAACCAUGUUUCCUGCAAAUCAAUUAUCCCAUACCAUCCUCCUCAAUUCUCUCCCUUGAGCCCCCCUCUCGUCAAUCUCGUGCCUCGAUCCCGCCUUCGUUUCAUCCCUCGCUUCAACAUGCGCGUCCCGCGUUUCACCAGCAUUCCAGUAACACUCCCAUCCCAUCUCAAACGAGAUUCUUUAAAAACGAUACGCUGCUCGGGCAUCAACAUCCCUUCGACAAUGCCGUCCUCUCACCCUCCAGAAACGGGAUACCAUGAUUAAGCAAUCGCUGUUCCUCUUCAUCGCAGCCGCAACCCUUACCCAUGCGGAUACGAUUCAUCAAAACCCAAUCAUCGCCGAGGCAUGCCCUCUACUUUCCCACGCCCAAUGCCACAUAUCAGGCCCCUUCAAUCCGCUGGAGCUGGAAGUGAACACAUCCCAAAUCAUCACUCCACCCUAUGUCUCCCAAUCUCAUGUCCAAGAUAACCCCCCUCCACCACCCGCACCAGAAGAAGAAGAUCUUAAAGAAACCGACUACUCCCCCUGGACCACCCCACCCCAAUGCUUCACCAACGCCAACCUCACUUCCCCCAUCUGCGUCUUCACCGACGCAACCUUCGCCUCAGGCCGGGGCAUCUCCAUCAUCACGACCGCCGAGCGCGCCUACGCCCUGCUGAACAAACCCGCAUUCACCCAUCCGGACCUGCUAAGCAGCGUUAACAUAAACCAAAACCAAAACCACACACACUCCGCACCGCCUUAUGAACUGCGCAACAUCCCCGGCCGAGGCAGGGGCCUCAUCGCAACCCGCACCCUGCACCGCGGCGACCCCAUCUUCGCAAGUACUCCGAUCCUGCUCCUCGACGCCGCUGCUUACGACCUCGCGCCCAACGAAACCUCCUUUUUGACCAAUCUCGCCAUAGCCAAUCUGCCGACCGCAUCGCGUGUCCAAUUCUGGAAACUCCUCGGCCACUCCGCCUCCUCCUCCUCCUCCUCCUCCUCGGACCCCAACCCCAUAGAAUCCCGCAUCACCACAAACGCCUUCCAAGUCUCCAUCAACGACGUGGAGCACUACGCCCUCCUCCCCACGACCUCAAUGCUCAACCACGACUGCCGCCCCAACGCAGACUACUUCUUCGACUCCGCCACCCUCCUCACGCACCACGUCCACGCCACCCGCACCAUCUACCCGGGCGAGGAGAUUACCAUUACAUACAUCUCCAACGAGAAACCCCGACACAAAAGAAGGCAGAUGUUGAAGCAGAAUUGGGGCUUCGAAUGCAAGUGCUCGGCGUGCGCGGCGCAUCCCGCGCUUACGAAGGAGUCGGAUGAGAGGGUCAUGCAGAUUGGGAUGUUGAAGAAGAGGUUGAGGCGGUGGGAGGAACGAGGGGGUGAUGAUGACGAGAAUGAGGAUGAUGAGGAUGAUGGAGAAGUGAGAGUGACGCCUGCGAUGGCAGACACGCUCAUAAGUUUAUACGAGCAGGAGCGGCUGUGGACGGGCAUAGGCGAGGCGUACCGGUUCGCGGCGCAGGUGUAUGCGGCGUUUGGGAGGGAGUGGGGUGCGGUGAGGUACGCGCGGUUGGCGGUCGAGUUUGGGAUGCUCGCGAGGGGGUUCUAUGAUGAGGAUGUUUUGCUCAUGAAGGGGUUGGCGGCGGAUCCGAGGUCGUUCUGGGGUUGGGGGAGGGAGGUUGCACGGACGGAAGAGGGUUCGGAGGCGGGAAGGGGGUAGAUGCUGGAAGGAUUGCAUUAUAUGGUUAGAGAGUCGUCACGUCACUUCAGCAAACAUGGGCAGCGACGAUAAAAGAAUGAAGAAAAAGCCCAUGCAGAGAUUGGAAAAGUUUAGAAGAGAAAAACAAUGCAUCUCACGCCUACAGACCAAACAGACAAAACACCUGCAAUGCGAACAUGUCCCACACAACCCUGAAAUCCCCUUCACACCCAGCCCAGUAUUCUUCCACUAAUACCUCAAACUCUCCUCAAACAACCCCCUCAACUGCUCCCUCUCAGCCUGCAAAUCCCCCAUCUCCAAAUUCGGCGCCAACAUCAACACCCUCGCC